GAAUGUUCCGGGUCAGACACGGGACUGAGGAAAUUAACUCUGGGACAAGGAAAACAGUAGGUUACACGAAAUAAAACAGAGAUGUGAUCGUUUUCUGGACACGAUUAGAAAAACUACUAACAUCAGAGUGGCGACGUGAUUAAAGGAUAAAGAACCAAGCGAAAAUCAGGUGCCUAUAAGUAUUCAAAGUGAGAUAGACAGCGUAUGUAUUCCAUGGUGUCCAGUGCAAUUUAUUUACGCCUGUGGAGGUGGUUUCGAUGUUUGUUUUCUUUGAAAAUUCGUUCGAAGAGCAAGAAGGUGCUUGGCAAGCUAUCUAGCUAGUUCAGUUCGAGUAGUAGCUGGCCGUAUUCCGUUGCGCCUUCCGUUUCUUUUAUUUGACGUCUUUUCGGGAUAUUUUUUAAGAACGGAUUUUGCCAUCACCCAGUGAUGUUUCAGUGUAUACCCCUGUGGCGGUGCAAUCGUCAUGUUGAAUUGAUCGAUAAGCGGCACUGUUCUCUGUUAUACGUUCCGGAUGAGAUCUACCGCUACAGUCGGAGUUUGGAGGAGCUUUUGCUGGAUGCUAACCAACUCAGUGACUUGCCCAAGCCAUUUUUUCAGCUGCUAAAGCUACGAAAGCUGGGCCUGAGUGACAACGAGAUCCAAAGACUUCCUCCAGAAAUAGCAAACUUCAUGCAGCUAGUAGAACUUGAUGUCUCUCGUAAUGACAUCAUGGAAAUUCCAGAGAGCAUUUCUAACUGUAAAGCUCUCCAAGUAGCAGACUUUAGUGGAAACCCAUUAACAAGAUUGCCUGAGAGUUUUCCAGAGCUUCAGAAUUUAACAUGCCUUUCCAUCAAUGACAUUUCAUUGCAGGCUCUUCCCGAAAACAUUGGAAACCUCUCCAACUUGGUAUCACUGGAACUCAGAGAGAAUCUGCUGACAUAUUUACCAGAGUCACUAUCACUACUUCACAGACUUGAGGAGCUUGACCUAGGGAACAAUGAACUUUACAAUUUGCCAGAAACAAUAGGAUGUCUUGUCAGCUUAAAGGACUUGUGGCUGGAUGGAAACCAGUUGGCUGAAAUACCUGCAGAGAUGGGCAGCAUGAAAAGCCUCCUGUGUCUAGAUGUAUCAGAGAACAAGCUGGAGCACCUUCCAGAGGAGAUGGGUGGCCUGGUCUCCCUUACUGACCUGCUGGUGUCCCAGAACCUCAUCAAUGCUCUGCCAGAGGGCAUAGGAAAACUAAGGCGACUGUCAAUAUUGAAAGCAGACCAGAAUCGGCUUGCCCAGCUACCAGAGAGCAUUGGGAACUGUGAGAGUCUCACUGAACUGGUGCUAACUGAGAAUCGGCUACAGAGUUUGCCAAGAAGUAUUGGAAAACUAAAGAGACUUUCCAACUUCAACUGUGAUAGGAACCGACUAGCGUCAUUGCCUAAAGAGAUUGGAGGCUGCAGUAGCCUGAAUGUCUUCUGUGUUCGAGGGAACAGGCUGACAAGAAUUCCCUCUGAGAUCUCUCAGGCCACAGAACUGCAUGUGUUUGAUGUGUCUGGAAAUAGACUACUCCACCUACCCAUAUCUCUGACCAUGCUGCGACUCAAGGCCCUGUGGCUGUCAGAGAACCAGUCCCAGCCUCUACUCACCUUCCAGAAUGACAUGGAUCCAGAGUCGGGGGAAAAAGUGCUCACCUGUGUUCUCCUGCCCCAGCAGCCUUUAGAACCUGACAGUAAAGGCUCAGACAACCUGGCUCGCUGCGGUGCUCUGGAGAGCCUGGUGAAUGAUGUGGUUGAUGACACCUGGGAUGACAGGGCCAUGAACAGGAUCAGUGCCAUCCACUUCCUGGAUGAUGACGAUGACGAGGAUGAUGAAAAGGGAACGCUGAUGCGACGGGCCACUCCUCACCCAGGCGAGCUGAAGACUAUGAAGAAAGCAGCGGAGAACCUCCGCAACGACCUGAACGCCGCCAAAGGCCUGGAUUCCAACAAAAACGAGGUCAAUAAUGCUACAGUCACCACGUCUGUGUGACUCUUACCUCAGAAACAUUCUUACCUCCUGUGUCUCUCGCCAUGUUCUCCUGCACAACCCCUUGAACCUACAUUUCCCCACAAACCCCUCUGCGAUCUACCUACCCCUCCUGCAGCUCAUCCCUGGGACUCUGCUGUGAUCCUCUUGUCCAGUAUCUUACUUCAUUUCCAAUACCCUGCACGGUAUCUGGCUCAGACUACCAGGGCCUAUGUGCCUUCUUUUCAAACUAUUGUGCUAUCUUUUCAAACAGCAAUAAUAUGCACAGGUGUGCUCAUUUUUAAAGGUAUUUUUUAAAGUUAGUGCUUUUUAAAGAUGUAUUUUUUCCUUUUUUUACAGACAAUAGGUAGUUGCACUACUGUAAGUCUUAAGUAUAUUAAAUAUUGUUGACAUCUUUAUAUAUAUUUGUUUUAUUUUUUAAACACUGGGGGAAUAUUUCUUUUUACAUUUUGGGGAUACUUAGUUUUGGACCUACUGAUUUAAGAAUUAUUGUAUAGUCAUUUGUGAAUAUUGAUACUUUUAUACUUUUUGGCAGCUCAGAUGGUGUAAAUUAAAACAAUGUAUAGCAAGUUUCUUAAACUAUCGCAGAAUUUAAAAAAAAAUGUUAUAUCUUGGUAUUUGGUACGUAUUUUAUUUCCUUUUUAGUGUUUUCUUUUUAAGUAAAGAAAUUAACAAAUGCAGUUGCUAAUGUCUUAUCAAAACAAUAUAAUUCCCUUUGGGUGAGUAGACAGCCUCGAAUCUUCUUUUCUACUCCAUUGUCUAACUUCUUAAUCAAAUCCUAAACUCACUUUUAUAUAGACAUGUUUGGUAAUUUUGUAAUUAAGUUUGGAACAUGUACCAUAACCACUCUCCCACAACAGAUUGAGUGGAAGUGACAAGGCUGUCUUACUUUUUUUCAUUGCGAUUCACUGCUUUGAAAUGUUUUCUUAAUACCAGAUACCAGAAACAGCUGCAUUUUAACAUUUGCCACUUUCUCCCUUUAGCAUAUGAGCUUAGACUUUCAAUGGCCAAUUUCAUUACAAACAAGGUAAUAAGGACCAGGGUGGAAUCUUUUGAAAAUGCAGUUUAAGCAUACACUAAUGCACUUCUUUAAGUUUAUUGCGUCUUAAUAAAAACAGAUUGUUCUUCAAAUGGUACACUACAACAUUGAUUUAACUUUUUUUGUUUUAAGUGUAUUAUAAGGAGAGGACCAUAUAAAUUUGUUUUAAUGUGGAGUUCAUCUUUUUAAAUUAUUUUCUUUAAUGAUCAAGCUGCACAAAAACACAAUUUGAAAUUGGCAUGGACACUGAGCCUACAGAUUUGGAUUACUUUUAACCACUGAUAAAAUAAAAUGGGUUUAAAACCAAACAUGAUUCGUUAUUCCCCUUAACUUCGUUUUUAGUCCAUUAGUCUUUAGAGUUUCAGCCUUUAGUCCUUUAUGAAAAAUGUAGACCUUCCGUUUUUGCUUCACCAUCUCACAAUUGUUAACAUGUCAUCUAACGUCUCAUAACUGUUAAAAUUUGGCAUUUAUGAUUUGACAUGUUUUGUAUUCAAGCCGCACAUGCCCGUUAUCAUUGAUUCUUCUUAAAUACUGUAUGUAUUUGCCAUUAAAAUUGGAUUAGACUUUAA